GAACAAAUCACCAUGUCUACUCCCCAGUUUCUAUACUUCCACUGCCCAGAGGCGGGACUUUCCUUCCGCGCGAAGCUCCUCACCGAAGAGAACCCGGACGUGGCCUCGCAAUUGAUCACCCAACUGCCCCUGCAGAGCACUCUGGGCCACGUCGUGAUCUCCGGCGAAGCCUUCUGGCUGCCGACGCGCAUCGUGCAUCUGGGCCGGGACCACAUGAUCCAGAGACACCCGGGGGCCGUCUAUCUCAACGCUGUCGGGGGCUCGUUGUGCCUGACCUACGGCCGUGUCACCGAGAGCGCGCCAGUGAACAAAGUGGCCGACGUCGAGGAGGCAGACCGGCACACCCUCAGCCAGCUGGGCCGUUUGGUGUAUGAGAAGACCGUCACCAGCGCGCGACACACCCUGCUCACCAUCCAUAUUGCCCUCCAUACUCCCACCCCGAGCAGGUACAACCUCAAGCUCACUGCCGAAAACCACCACCACCACCACCACCACCACCACCAUGAGCAUAAAUACUCCCGCUCACUCGACAAGCCCCUUCCGACCACCUCCGAGUUCCAGACAUGGCACUCGGCCCACACCACCAUAACAGCCCAAACAAACACCAUCUGGCUCCACCUCCCCGUCAGCAUCCAGAAAAUAACAUGGGGCCUCAUCCCCAGCGGGGCCGGCACCGGCAACCAGUGCUUCUCUGUCCUCGUGCACCUCAAAUCCUUCCUCCUGCACCUGGGCUGCGACGUGCUCUACCGCCUGCUCAAAAUCUCGCGGUACCCCGACAUCCCCCUGGGCGUGCUGCAGCGCAUGACCCGCGAGUUUUUGUCGGCUAAUUUCAAUACUUUCGAGAUGCUGGUGGAUCUCGGGCUGGACGAGAUGGGGGUCAUUGGAGAGGUGUAUCUGCGGGGGAUUGGGGCGGUGGCCUGCAAAGAGGAGUAUCGGGCGUUGACCGGGGCGUUGUUCACGUUCGUCUGCCGCAUGCAUCGCUGGGUGCAUUUUGUUUUCCCGUGGAAUCUGGGGGUGGCGUUUCCGCAUCGCCGCGUGGAGGAGAUUUUGGGGAUUGCGGGGGUGGUUGCAGGUGCAAGUCUUGAGGUGGAGAUGGAGGAUGUGGAGAGUGGUGAGGAGUCGGAGGUGGGGGUCGAGGUAGAGUUCAAUCCGAUGGAGGCGCCGGUUUGA